UCCACACAAAGCAUACAGGCACGCCAACAGGAGCAACUGCUGCAAACUUCUCGAGCCAUGUCUACCAAAGCAGGAGCCAAGAUCUUCAAGACCAAGUGCUCGCAGUGCCACACUGUUGAGAAGGACGCCGGCCACAAGCAGGGCCCCAACCUGAACGGCUUGUUCGGGCGCACGGCGGGCACCGUGGACGGCUACUCGUACUCCACCGCCAACAAGACGUCUGGCGUGCUCUGGGACGAGAGCUCCCUGUUCGACUACUUGCUCGCGCCGAAGAAGUACAUCAAGGGGACCAAGAUGGUGUUCGCGGGCAUCAAGAAGCCGGCAGAGCGAAAGGAGCUCAUUGCGUACCUGAAGGAGGCAACGGCACCGUGAUGAUGGUAUUUGUUUUUUGCUCUGCUGUCGUGUGUAUGUGUCGUGGUGUCGUGGACCUUUUUCUACAAGUCGUAGAACGAUGAUGAUGUGGUAGGCUUUUUGGAACGAAAAAAUUGUGUCGUUUUGGGGGGUCCCAGGUAAUAGUGGGGAAGGGGGUGGUAGUCAACAGAAUGGGCAGGGGUGCGUGGAGGCCAGCAGCAAGAGAGGCUGGUGUAGAUGGGGGUAGCUGGAGUAAUCAGCUGGGCGGGCGGGAGGAGGGGGUGAACUCCGCCGUUGGCUGUACAUUACGGCCAGACGAGACCUCUCUCUCAUCGAAAAUCACAAUCAGUUACAUAUGGUAACAUAAAAGAGAGACCACCCAAGAAUACACAGCGGUCGGGCACGUAAAACAGGGUCUAGAGACAGGAGCAGGGGGGCGGAGGUCGCAGCAGGAGUUGGAUAAGUCGGAGUGCGUGCGGCAGCUGUUUUUUUUCGCGAUUGUUGUUCUCGUGGCGGCUGGCAGUUGACGACAGGCAGCAGUUGCAUAAAAGUUUUGCUUCAAAUGAGAGCCUACAAAUUUUCCGUCUCUCGGAAUCGUGUGGAUUCGUGUGCGCUCGUUACGCAGUGCUUGUAUUUUCUUGCCCUGCCGUCGUCACACACCACCUCUUGCCAAGAGCUUUUGUUGUUCAAUUUUGACUAGAAUGGGGAGGGGAACCUGGUGUACGUUGUACUGUAGGACACAGGAGAAACCCAACGUUUCCAUUGUGUAGGCGAGCAAGAGCGUCCUCUUUCGGUAGCGAGCAGCACGUUGCUGCCAAGUAAUUGGGCGCCGGACGGAUCCCCCCCCCCCCCCUCUCCACCUGCCAUACACCCCUUUGAUCCCUCCGAGUUGCGUGCCGGAGAUGUGUAAUCGUAGUACAUUUUUAGCGCUUUUUUUUAUUCGCGUAGGAACCCGAAUUUCCCGUGUCCAAGCAGCAGCCGAGAGCGGAAGGCGCGACAUUGGGGCGUGGGUGCAGAAUGAUGCUUACGAACUACAUGUGCUGUCUUUUUGAGUGUCGCUGAUCUCUGUGUCGGAGUUGGCAGCAGGAUGUCUGGUCGGGUGGUUGUUUCCAGCUUUUGUUUGUCACGUGUCGAUGGCUCGUGCGUCAUCGGCAACCUUUGAGGUCCGGUGGUUUUGCCUG